AUGAGAGUGAGUCAAAUGGCAUCUACUCUUUUGAUGCUUUUCGCCGCUGGUGCCUUAGCCUACGAUCAAAAUUUCAAACUUAGAGCUACAAUCAAUGAAGCUGAAGUUUAUGUCCAAAUCAAUCCUGAUACUCAAUAUGCUGAAUUUGUUGACAUUGAUGGUGAGCAAAGGUUUAGAUUCAAUGAUGACAACGAAUUGAUUUUGAAUGAUGAUCAGUCAACCAAGAUUGGUGUCACCUCAGCUGACUUGUUGUUGAAAACUUAUUCUAUUGAUGACGAGUUGGAUACUGAUAAUACUUGGACAAUCUCAACAAACAACGAAGGAGAUGAAAUUUUAGUUUACAAUGCGCUAAUUUAUGCUUGUGGUGAUGCUGCUCCUUACUUCAUUAGUACUGAUGCAGCGAGCGGAUGCGCUGCUUUAGACAACUUGGUCCGUUUUGAUACAGUCUUGAAUGAAGAGCCAGUAACAGACCCAGAGGAGCCAGUAAUAGACCCAGAGGAGCCAGAGGAACCAGUCACAGACCCAGAGGAGCCAAUUGUUGAAGAUCCAGUAACUGACCCGGAAGAGCCAAUUGUUGAAGACCCAGAGGAGCCAGAGGAGCCAGAGGAACCAGUAACAGAGCCAGAGGAGCCAAUUGUCGAAGACCCAGUCACAGACCCAGAGGAGCCAAAUGUUGAAGAUCCAGUGACUGACCCGGAAGAGCCAAUUGUUGAAGACCCAGAGGAGCCAGUUACAGACCCAGAGGAGCCAGUUACAGACCCAGAGGAGCCAGUAGUAGACCCAGAGGAGCCAGUAAUAGAGCCAGAGGAGCCAGUAAUAGAGCCAGAGGAGCCAGUUACAGAGCCAGAGGAACCAGUAACUGACCCGGAAGAGCCAAUUGUUGAAGACCCAGUCACAGACCCAGAGGAGCCAGAGGAACCAGUCACAGACCCAGAGGAACCAAUUGUCGAAGAUCCAGUGACUGACCCAGAGGAGCCAGUAACAGACCCAGAGGAGCCAAUUGUUGAAGAUCCGGUCACAGACCUGGAAGAACCAAUUGUUGAAGAUCCAGAGGAGCCAGAGGAGCCAAUUGUUGAAGAACCAGUGACCGACCCAGAGGAGCCAAAUGUUGAAGAACCAGUGACCGACCCGGAAGAGCCAGUUGUCGAAGAUCCAGAGGAGCCAGAGGAACCAGUAACAGAGCCAGAGGAGCCAAUUGUCGAAGACCCAGUCACAGACCCAGAGGAGCCAAAUGUUGAAGAUCCAGUAACUGACCCAGAGGAGCCAAUUGUUGAAGAUUCUGUCACAGACCCGGAAGAGCCAGUUGUCGAAGAUCCAGUAACUGACCCAGAGGAGCCAAUUGUUGAAGAUCCAGUGACUGACCCAGAGGAGCCAAUUGUUGAAGAUCCAGAAGAACCAAGUGAUCCAACAGAUGCUACAGAGCCAACAGAUGCUACAGAACCAACAGAUGCUACAGAGCCAACGGAAGCUACAGAGCCAACGGAAGCUACAGAACCAACGGAAGCUACAGAACCAACGGAAGCUACAGAACCAACGGAAGCUACAGAACCAACGGAAGCUACAGAACCAACGGAAGCUACAGAACCAACGGAAGCUACAGAACCAACAGAUGCUACAGAGCCAACAGAUGCUACAGAACCAACAGAUGCUACAGAACCAACAUAUGCUACUGAACCAACAGAUGCUACAGAACCAACGGAAGCUACAGAGCCAACAGAUGCUACAGAGCCAACAGAUGCUACAGAACCAACAGAUGCUACAGAACCAACAGAUGCUACAGAGCCAACAGAUGCUACUGAACCAACAGAUGCUACAGAGCCAACAGAUGCUACAGAGCCAACAGAUGCUACAGAACCAAGUGAGCAAGCUGAAGCUUCCCUUCCAACAGAUUCUGUCAACCCAGAAGAGCCAUUCGAAAUUGUCGCACUUUUGUCUGGAUCUUUACAAGCAUUUAGUUCUGAUGGUGUACAUAUUACUAUUGCCAAUGGAGAAGUUGUCGGUUUCACUAUUGAAGAUGGCUACUUGAAAGUUAGCGAGGAUCAAUAUGUAAGCAUUGGUGAAGAUGGUGCUUUGUCUAUUGUUGCAUUGGCUGAUGCUUCAUCUGGCUGGAGCAUGCAAGGAAAUGUACUUGAGUUUCAAGUUGCCUUGAAGCGUCGUUCAGUUGUUAAACGUGCUGAGCUUGUUCCAUUUUCUGUUUGUGAAGUUGAAGUUGGGUAUGUUGUUUAUGCCGGUACUGGUGCUGGCUGUGAGCCAAUUGAAGUUGCUGCUCUUCAAGUUGAGGACGAAACUGGAACAACUGAAUCAACUGAUUCUGCUGAACCAACCGACCCGACUGAAGGUAGUCAACAGACUGAGCCAACUGACGAUGCUGACAUUACUGACGCUGCUGAAGCUACUGAUGACUCUACGUCUUAUGUUACCAACACCGUUGAUGUACUUGUUACUGUUACAGAAUGUGACGGAAACUCAUCUUGUGCUGAAAGAGUUGAGACUUCUCAAUCAGUUGAGGUUGUUGCCACUGACGCUCCUGAAACAACUGAAGAAUCUACAUCUUACGUUACAAGAACUGUUGAUGUGCUUGUUACUGUCACCGAGUGUGACGAGAACGCAGCUUGUACUGAAAAGGUUGAAACUUCUAAAUCACUUGAAGCUGUUGUCACUGAAGCUCCUGAUAGCGUUCUCACCACAUUGACUCAAGAAACCACUGUUACCAUCACCUCGUGCGAAGAUAACAAGUGUGCUGAAUCCGUUACUGUUCAAAAGACUGUGAUUACUACUUACUGUCCUGCUUCAUAUGUAACUGAAACUGUUGUUGUCCCAUGUACUACCGACGUUACUUAUACUGUUGAGGAAUGUUCAACAGACGAUAAAUGUGAUGUUUACACAACCGAAAUCCACACUACAAGCUAUACCACAGUCACCUUGACCACUUACUUGGUUAUUACUGAAGAAGGACAAGCUGAAGCUACAGAAACACCGAUUGAGGGAGGUAAAGAAGGAGAAGCAGCUGUUGCCGAGGACGAAGCUCCAGCAGAAGAAGCAGUUGUUGAGGAACAACCUGCUCAAGAAGAAGCUUCACAGGAGGCUGCUGCUGCUGCUGCUGCUGCCGAAGAAGAAGAAGCUCCACAAGCUAUUGCUCCGGAAGAAGCUUCACCAGAGGCUGAACAGAGUCAAGCUCUUGCUGGUGUAGCAUCAGAACAAGCUCCACAAGAACAACCUGUUGAUAGUGGAGAAACUGCCCAGACUGUUGCUGCCCUCGAAAAUAGUGGUUCAACUAAUAUUUUAAACUUGAAGGCUUUUGCGGGUGCUGUUGCUAUUAUGAUCCCAAUGCUCUUGUAA